AUGGACUUUCUUUUCCACUGGUAUACUGCGAAUGUUCCCGAAGUACAUACCACUGCAAUCUGUCUUGCGACCACCAUCUGGAUGCUACUUCCUCGUGCUCAGGACCGUCGGACUGAAAUCGCUUUGGAAAAUACAGGAGAGGACAACAGCGUUCCAAUUCCCGCCUUUCCGCCCGAGGAGAGGUCAACUUCCAGCUCGUCGUUACGCCGACGCUCCCAGUACAAGAUUGAAUCUCCGAAGUUUCCCAAUGCAGUCUCCAGCAGCUUCUCCGCGCGGUAUUAG